AUGUCUUCGCAAGACACAAAUGGGGUUGUGCGGCAGGCCAAUGGCGACGGCACCAAAUACCGACGGAUCACACCAGCAGAGCAGUCCGAGAACCCAUUCGUCAAGCUCAUACCCGACCAAGACAUCGCCGUAAUCCCCUCAUACGAGCUCGAAUCUGGCGUCACCCUCCACAAUGUCCCCAUCGCCUACAAGACCUACGGCACCCUGUCCCCGGAGCGGGAUAAUGCCAUGGUCAUAUGCCAUGCCUUGACUGGUAGUGCGGAUGCAAAAGACUGGUGGGGGCCACUGCUCGGAGGUCCAGAAGAAGACGGCAAAGAGGCGAGAGCGUUCGACAUGUCGAGGUUCUACGUGGUGUGUAUCAACAGCCCAGGCAGUCCAUAUGGUAGCGUCAGUCCGGUCACGGCAAGAGAUGGUGAUCCGGCGAAUGAGCAUUACGGACCAGACUUCCCUUUGACGACGAUUAGGGACGAUGUGAAUAUGUUCAAGCUUAUACUCGACGACCUCGGCGUGAGACAGAUCGCUACGGUCAUAGGAGGGUCCAUGGGCGGCAUGCUGGUAUUGGAGUUUGCAUACUUUGGCAAGGACUAUGUCCGCACGAUCAUCCCUAUCGCCACCUCCGCCCGCUACAGCGCCUGGGGUAUCAGCUGGGGUGAAGCGCAACGCCAGAGCAUAUACAGCGACCCAAAAUAUCUAGACGGCUACUACCCCUUCGACGACCCACCCGCAACAGGUCUCGGAGCAGCACGCAUGCAAGCCCUCCUCACCUACCGCAGCCGCGACUCGUUCGAAACCAAAUUCGGCCGCAACAUCCCCGGCCCCUCCAAGAAAGAAAAUAUCAACGCCCCAGCCCGGCCCACCACGCCCUCAGGCGAGCACUUCGCAAUCCACAACGAAGGCCACAAAAACGCCGGAACCCCCCGCUCCGCCCGCACCGAUCCCAUGACCUCCUCCACUGACUCCCUGCCCACUCCGUCACCCAGCAACAUCACAGUAACCGACCCGCAAUUCGCCGGCGCCACACCCUUGCCCGUCCCUGCUCCUCCCGUAAACCUCCGCAAGCGCAUCCCAACCUACUACUCCGCGCAAUCAUACCUCCGCUACCAAGGCGACAAGUUCAUCCGCCGCUUCGACGCCAACUGCUACAUAGCCAUCACGCGCAAACUCGAUACCCACGACGUCGCGCGCGGGCGCACCGACACUUCCGGCUCGCCGACGCAAUCCGAAGUCAACGCCGCGCUCGCCAUGAUCGAGCAACCGACCCUCAUACUCGGGAUCCAAAGCGAUGGACUAUUCACUUACGGCGAGCAGCAGGAGCUCGCGGCGGCGAUUCCGAAUAGCGAGUUGAAGACUAUUGAUAGUCCGGAGGGGCAUGAUGCGUUUCUGCUCGAGUUUCGGCAGGUUAACGCGUUGAUUCUAGGGUUUAUGCGCAGGGAGUUGGGGGAUAUUAUGGCGCGGGAGCCGGUGAAUUGGCCGCCGAGGUUGGAGGAGGAGGGGGGCGAGGUGAAGGGGAGUACGUUUGGGGAGGCGGAGGUGGAGGAUAUCACUGCGUGGUGA